UCCUUCGCGGUUAGACGCGUGUGUUGUGCCUCCAUAGCCGGUUUCUCGCGAUCAAAAAAAAAACUUGUGUUGGCGGGAAAACAUUGUUUGGAAUAUAAACUUUUUAAUUUUUAAAUUCAGUGUCUUUGGAACAAUUGGAUAUAAAGUUUUUGAGGAUAGAACUGAACUACAUAAAAGUAUCCUUAUUUUAAUUGGUGUUUUUGCUCGUUAGUUCGAUUAGAUAUGGUUCUAGUGUAGAGAAAUGUAUUCUGAUUAAAACAGUGUUAGAGUGACUGGACCUAAUCUCAAACGUGAUAUAAGUUAGGUGCUAUGGAUUAUUUUUUUCUUGGAACAAAGUGAGAAAACGGACACUUAGAGGUGUGAAUUGCUACCUGCUGAAGAGUUAUUGGUACACCUCCACAAUGCUACGGCAACAGAGACUGCUAACAGUGGAAAUGGCAGGCGUGUGAUUUGUAAUGGCCGCCGCCAUGGCGACUCCGGCGCACGAGCUCCGGCCGCAGCACUCCAGGGAUGACUCCAGGGACUCUGGAAUAUUCCACACCACGAAAGGACUCUGGAAUGCCCCAGGACUUAACAACUGCUUCCUAAACAGCGCUGUGCAGGUGCUGUGGCAUCUGGAUAUAUUCCGGCGGAGCUUCCGCGAGCUCACAGGGCACGCCUGUCUCGGCCCCUCGUGCAUUUUCUGCGCUCUCAAGGAGCUGUUCACGCAGCUACAAUGGUCUUCAGAGCGCGCGCCCGCUGCCGACAGCCUCCGACGGGCGCUUGGCGGCGUCGGCGCCCGUUUCCAGCUCGGAUGCAUGGCCGACGCCAGCGAAUGCUUCGAACACCUCUUACUAAGAGUCCAUGCACACGUGGCCGCCAGUGCGGAUAGAAGAGAAGAUGACGCGUGUAGAGCGCCGCACUGCGUCCCUCACAGAAAGUUCGCGAUGAUGCUCGUGGAACAGUCUGUCUGUGGAGCCUGUCAAGCGACGAGCGAACCUCUGCCUUACACACAGAUGGUGCAUUACGUGUCAGCGACGGCCCUGACGACGCAGGCGGCGUUGGGGGAGCACGGAGACAGCUUCGGUUUGCUUCUCAAGAAGGCUGGCGGCAUGGGAGAUAUCAGAGAUUGUCCGAACGCCUGCGGAGCCAAAAUCCAGAUCUGCCGGACGUUAAUGAAUCGGCCAGAAGUGAUAUCCAUCGGCAUGGUGUGGGAUUCAGAGCGGCCGGCUGCCGAAGACGUCGCCGCCGUGUACGCAGCCCUCGGCACCGAACUUCUGCCUUCUGAUGCCUUCCACGAGUGCGUGGACCGCGCCUGGGCCGCGCGCGCGCAACACCGCCUCGUCGGCCUCGUCACCUACUACGGCAAGCACUACUCCACCUUCUUCUUCCACAGCAAGCUCCGUCUCUGGAUCUACUUCGACGACGCCGACGUUAAAGAAAUCGGCCCCGAGUGGGCGCACGUUGUUGACAAAUGCCGGCGAGGACGAUUCCAACCGCUCCUUUUACUGUACGCGGCCGUCGAUGGAACUCCCUGUGACACGCGAUAUGCGCCGAAGGAUAUAGUCCCGUUCCCGGCGCCGGAACCGCGCCGAGCUGUCACGCCAGCGCCCGAGCGCCCCAACAACGGAUUCGCGCGGCGCGCCGUCACGCCCGGGCCCGACAACGAUAACGAUUAUGUUAGUCGGAAAGCCGUCGAGAACAUGCUGGAAGCCAACCGCCGCACGCAGCUUGGCCGCAGUCUGAGCACCGGUUCCGGCUCCGAUACAGCUGACCGCCCGCGGGCGAGACGUGACUCGGGAAAUUGGAGCGGAGACAGAAAUAGCGCGUCGUCAGCUUCGUCCUCCACGUUCGAGAGCCCCUACAUGUAUACCAAGGGCCGUGGACCGGGCAGCGUCCCCGGCAGCCCCACGCGCAAAGGGGAACUCUCUAGCGGCGGCUCCUGCGACGCCGGCUACGACUCUUACUCCCUGUCGUCCACCGACAGCUUGCCCUUCCAGCAAGUUCUCCGCCACAAUCACCCUAUGAUGCAGAUUCCCGAGCUAAAAACGGUCGAUAAUUGCAAAGCACUGUGCUUGGAGGUAGAUUUGCUUCUAGAUAAAUCUAGACAAGCCGAAAAUGCUGCUGAUUUCGAAAGAGCUCUGUCGCUGUGCGAAGCCGCGGCGGCCAAAGCUAGCGCGGCGAUGGAUGAGUCCUACAAUAACGCUCACACGAUGACUUUCGCCCGAAUGAAACACAACACUUGCAUCAUGCGAGCGCGAAGUCUUCAAAGGCGGAUGGCUGGCGCGAUGAGGAUGACUGAAUCACAACAGACAGUCCCCGUGAGAAACACCAAAGGAGGCUUAGAAUCGACUCCGACUACGAUAGAGAUAUACGCAACUUUGCCCAAAAAGAAAGGCUCGUCGAAGAAGUCUAAGUGUAUCGAUGAUGAUAUCGAUUGCCCGCCUCGGGAGCGUCCCCCGAGACACAAGUCUCGCGAGGAAGAAAAAGUUCGAGAAAAGCGGUCUCGAAGUGAAGACAGAGGUCGAGCCAGGAAGGAGGCUCCGAUUGUCACUGAAAAGAAAGAGGAAGCUCCCGAAGACAAGAAAGCAAACAAAAAGCAGCACAAAAUCAGGAGAAAGUUGUUAAUGGGUGGACUGAUUCGAAGAAAGAACCGGUCGAUGCCCGACUUGACUGAGGGUGCCGAUGGCAACAAUGAAGUCAGUAAAGAAAAACGCGUGUCGUCAGUGGAUGAUGGUGACGUGGGUAGGAGAAAGGGUGACGAUAAAUCCAAUUUGAGCGGCUACUUAUCUGAAGGUCAUUUAGAAUACUCGGCAGCGAGCGGCACCAAUCCUAAUCUGGAGAGGAGCAAGUUGAUGCGAAAGAGCUUCCACGGCAGCGCUGUGAAGAUUCGCAAAGUGCCGCCGCCGCUGCCGCAGCGUACCACUUCCCAGCUUAGCGGGCCUAAGUUUGAUUCCGAAGUGAUCGAUCAUGAUAUUCAGUCGCGUCCUCCGCAGCCGUUACCCAGCGAAGCGCCUCAAUACGGGUAUUCGCAGGACAUGGAGGAAGAUGGUGGAUUCUCUGAACAGUUUGGCGAGGAACCUCAAUCGUUACCUUUUCUACCCUCUACCUACGACGGAAAACCUGUAAACCAAUACAACAGGCUAGACGACUCGCCACCCCAAAACUUCCACACGGUCGUGACAAAGGCUAUGAUUCAUCAGGAGCAAAGUCCAGUGAAGAGAGACAUCAUGCAGAAUAUACAGCCUUCUCACAAUAAUAUUCAGAAUUUGAGUAACGCUUUCGACAACGGUGUCGACGUAGUUGAUUGUGCCAUGCCCAUGCGGAGAUCGCCGCAAAUGUUCGAGUUGCCGCCUUACCCUAGCCCUAUGAACUCGGUAAACCACUCUCGGCAACCGAGCGAGGAGUUCCCACCUCCGCCUCCGCCACUCGAUUUGACUCCACUUCAAGAUGAACUGAACAAUAUUCAGCAUUCGAGACAAAUCGAUGUAGCGAAUAAUAAUGAAGUCGAAAUACCGAAGGGCUCGUUACUGGCACAACUCCAAGAAAAACGUAAUCAAAUUCUGAAGAACGAGGAGAGCAUAGCCAAGCUAAAUCAGAUGGAAGCCAUCAACACUUCUGGUGACACCUGGCUCAGAGAACUACAGGCCAAGCAGGCAGCUCUCAAGUUGAAAAGAUCGGGAUCGAUAGAAGGCCAGCUAUCAUCGAACACUGUAGAAAAUCUUAGCAACAAUGUGAGAAGUCUCGCCUCUAGAUUUGAAAACACUGUCCAUGAUGUGGACAGGACACACAUUGGAUUCGUUGGAAUGUCUGGAAACAGGGAUGUCAUCAAUUGCUCCAACCAAUCCAACUCUUUAUACAAUCGCCGAGCGUCAUCAUCUUCCAUUGACCCUAAACAGAUAGAAGAAGACUACAACGAUCAGAAAACUAGCAACAACAUGUCCUACAAUGAUCGUUCAAAGCCUAAGAAGAAAUCGGUAUCUUUCUGCGAUCAAGUUAUCUUAGUAUCGACAGCAGAAGAUCAAGAAGACGAUAGUUAUAUUCCUAACCCUAUUUUAGAGAGGGUAUUAAAAUCGGCGAUGAAUAAGCCGGAACUAACGACAAUGCCGCUGCAGUCGGAAAAGCCGUCGCUACAGCGCCAGGACUCUUUCGACAGCCAGUCUUCGCGGUCGACAAUAUCAUCGCUCUCCCAAAACUCAUUUGUGCCCAACGAUGGUAGCCACACGGACUACGUGCGGUUACAGAAUACGUACCCUGCGUAUCAGAGCGCCCCGACUCGUCCUCAACAGCAAUACAACGCCCAAAAGAAUACAGGUGUUUAUGGAACGGCUCCCGUGCAAACGAUGAUGAAUCAAAGCAACCCGAGCAACAAUCAAAUUUAUCAGGCGCUUCCAUCUAACUCAGCUCAAAAUCCCUCCAAUCCGAUACCAUACCACCAGCCACCGUCAGUCUACCAAAACCACAGCGCGAGCCCACCGAACUUUAGUCAAAAUCCCGCGAAUAGGUUGACUCCGACGGCGCACAACCACGCUUACCAAGCGAAGCACAAUAACUUGCAGCGAAGUGUACCUAACACGUACCCGCACCCACCGAGUCAGCUUCACCAAAUAAAUCAAGCGCAGAACAACGCUUACUACCACAGACUGCCGCAGCACUCCGCGGCGCCCUCAUUGCACACUAACAGCUACAACGCCGGCCGGCAGUACCCGACUGUCCAGCCCAAUCCCUCGCCGUACCAAAGCGUGCCCACCAAUUCGCCGGCCUACCAAAACCCACCGACGAGCUACGCCAGCUCCGAGUACUCUAGUCGUUACCCGGUGAAUUCCAAUAGUACAAACCACUACAGCGCGGCUCCCUCCCCCUACCAGAGAGUUCCGCUGCCUCACGGGGAAAUACCCAUCGACAACUACAAUGGCACCUACCAGAAAAUGACGAACUACCACGACGGCUCGAAUCAACGAGCUUCAGAAAUGCGCCAUUACGCAAACUCCCAACAACAGCGAGCGUAUAAUCCUGGCAUUAACAUGGACAACCCCGGGAGUAUAGAUACGAUAGAUCACUAUGCGUAUCAGCCGGCUCCCAAACAGAUACAGAAGAAGUCCGUGUCUUUUGAACCCGGCACGAAGGGUGGCACGGAGUCCCCGGUGCCUCCACAGAUGAAUGGGAACUACCCGAACAUGUCUAGUGGGGAAGGCCCGGGGAAUGUAGGCCUGGCAAUGCCCAAAGCCCCGUGUAAUCUGUGUCGCAAAAAGUUUAUCAGCGCACCGGCAUUGUAUUGCCCCGACUGCGACUUUUACAUGUCAAGGUUCAAGCCACACUCAUAGCAACAAAUGAAUGCUCAUUUUGUACAAAAAUAAUCUAACUGUAUCGUUAAGACUUAUGUAAAUAAUUACACGAUAUUGAUUGAUAUAAUGUGACGGAUGAAAAUUGUUAGUGCUAUUGUUAUUAUUAAAUAACUUGACUGAUCUCAUUUGAGGAUGGAUACUUAAUUUUAGAUUAAUGGAUGCGAGUCUGUGC